UCAUACAUAACCUCUCUGGUGCUUUUCCAUCUUCUCGUGUCUUUUUCCCCGGAAAAUUUUCUCCCUCCUCUGUUGAUUUUCCCGGAAACUUUCCUUGUUCUUCUAUCUACUAGGAAAAAAGAAAGAUGAAACCCAUUUGUUUCCUUCUCUGUUUCUGUUUCCUUCCUGUAAAAGUCUCCUCCUUUUGACAUAAUCUUUCUUGGUUUAAAUUAUUAAAUACUCUCUUUGAACAUUUCUUUUCCCUGAUUCUGUUUUUGUUUUUUCCGAGAAAAUUAAUGAAACCGCGGCUAUAUUAUCAGGAGAUCCUAUCGAAUCCAUGUUUCUGAAUCAGUUCAUGCACUUCUUGAAAUCUAUUCACACUUUCAGAAGGAAAACCCUAGUUCAAUAAACCCUAGAUCCUCUGCUUUCACACCCUACCUUGUGAUCCAAGCUAUGUCUGGUUCAUGUUUCAACCCGUUUCGUCUCAGGCGGUCUCUGAGACCCCAAUUCCCUCCAGAGCCUUCCUUCCCCGUAUUAUCCGCUAACCCGUCUUCCUCCAGAACCAACCGGUAUGCAGAAAGUGAGACGAUGGAGAAGAAGAGAUUCGAUAGUAUGGAGUCUUGGUCUAUGAUCCUAGAGUCCGAGAACGUGGAGACAUGGGAAGCGUCUAAAGGGGAAAGAGAAGAAUGGACUGCAGAUCUCUCGCAGCUAUUUAUCGGAAACAAAUUUGCUUCCGGAGCACACAGCCGGAUUUACAGAGGGAUCUACAAGCAGAGAGCCGUCGCUGUGAAGAUGGUGAGGAUCCCUACACACAAGGAAGAGACAAGGGCUAAACUCGAACAACAGUUUAAGUCCGAGGUUGCUCUGCUUUCUCGUCUCUUUCACCCUAACAUCGUCCAGUUUAUUGCGGCGUGCAAGAAACCGCCGGUAUACUGCAUAAUAACAGAGUACAUGUCACAAGGUAAUCUCCGAAUGUACCUCAACAAGAAGGAACCUUACUCGCUCUCGAUUGAGACCGUACUAAGGCUAGCUCUAGACAUCUCGAGAGGAAUGGAGUAUCUUCACUCGCAGGGUGUUAUCCACAGAGACCUAAAGUCCAACAACUUACUUUUGAAUGAUGAAAUGAGAGUUAAAGUUGCAGAUUUUGGGACUUCUUGUCUUGAGACGCAAUGCAGAGAGGCCAAGGGUAAUAUGGGAACUUAUCGAUGGAUGGCUCCAGAGAUGAUCAAGGAGAAACCUUACACAAGGAAAGUCGAUGUUUAUAGCUUCGGUAUCGUUCUAUGGGAACUCACCACUGCCUUGCUUCCAUUCCAAGGCAUGACUCCCGUGCAAGCCGCGUUUGCAGUCGCUGAAAAGAACGAGAGACCGCCAUUACCGGCUAGCUGUCAGCCAGCGCUAGCUCACCUGAUCAAGAGGUGCUGGUCGGAGAACCCUUCGAAGCGACCGGACUUCUCAAACAUUGUGGCGGUGCUAGAGAAGUACGACGAGUGUGUUAAAGAAGGACUGCCUUUGACGUCACAUGCAAGCCUGACGAAGACCAAAAACGCGAUUCUUGAUCGACUUAAAGGCUGCGUCUCAGCCAUCAGCUCACCAUCUUCGUCCUCCUCUCUUCCUGUAAAUGCCUAGUAAUUCAAAGUUGUUUAGUUACCAUAACACUCGCUCUCAUUGUAAAGAUUACUAUUCUACUUCUUUUUCUUUCACUAGGUAUUUGAUUGUAUUUCGCAUCUACACGAUGUUAUAUGGUUUACACGUAAUUAAUUAGGCUGAUUAAUUUGUAUAAUACAUAAUCUAAUGAAACGUA